AUGGUGGCCGAGGCAAGAGCUGCCGGCCGGACGCUCGCCAUUUCCGGUGCCGGUUCCAAGAACGCCAUCGGCCGGCCGGUCACCGCCGAUGCCGCCAUCGUGACGACCAGCCUGUCGGGCGUCGUCGAAUACAAUCCCGAAGAGCUUGUGAUCGUCGCGCGGGCCGGCACCCCGGUCGCCGAGAUCGAGACGGCCCUGGCGGCCAACAAUCAGGCCCUGAUGUUCGAACCCUCCGACUGGAGCCGGCUUCUGGGCUCCGAUGCGGGCCAGACGAUCGGCGGCAUUGCGGCGACCAACAUGUCCGGCCCCCGGCGCAUCACCGCCGGCGCCGCGCGCGACUCGCUGCUGGGCGUGCGCUUUGUCAACGGCAGGGGCGAAGCGAUCAAGAAUGGCGGCCGGGUGAUGAAGAACGUCACCGGGCUCGAUCUGGUCAAGCUGAUGGCCGGCUCCUGGGGCACGCUGGGCCUGAUCACCGAAACCGCCUUCAAGGUGCUGCCGCGCGCCGAGACCGAGACGACGCUGGUGAUCGACGGUGCCGACGGCGCCGAGGCCGCGCGCCUGAUGGCCGCCGCCAUGGGCACCAGCGCCGAGGUCUCCGGUGCGGCGCACCUGCCGGCCGCGUUGAGCGGUGCAGUCCUCGGCGCCGGCCAUGAAAACCGCGCAUCGACGCUACUCCGCCUUGAAGGGUUCGCCGAUUCGGUCGCCGAACGCAUCGACCGCCUCAAGCCGCAACUGGACACGCGCCAAACCAUUGCGGAACUGGAUGGCGGCGCCUCCCGCAAGGCCUGGAUCGCGAUCCGCGAUGUGCACCCGUUCGCCGAUGGAAGCGACACCCCCGUCUGGCGCAUCUCGGUGCCGCCGAUGGUCGGCCACACCGUCGCCGGCCAAAUUCUCGGCGCCGCCGCCGGCCAGGCCUUUUUCGACUGGCAGGGCGGGCUUGUCUGGCUGAGGCUCGACGGCGGAGAUGCCCGGGCGGACCUGGUACGCGGUGCCGUCGCCACCCACGCCGGCGGCCAUGCGCUUCUGGUCCGUGCCGCCGAAGACGUCCGUGCCCGGACGCCGGUUUUCCACCCCGAACCGGCGCCGGUUGCCGCGCUGAGCGAGCGGAUUCGCACCAGUUUCACGCCCGAGCAGCUUGACGAUCCGCACGUCGCCCAUUCGGAGACGAUCCUGCGCUCGUGCGUGCAUUGCGGUUUCUGCACGGCGACCUGUCCGACCUAUGUCACGCUCGGUAACGAGCUCGAUUCGCCGCGCGGGCGCAUCUAUCUGAUCAAGGAGAUGCUCGAGAACGACCGGCCGGCCGACGCGAAGACGGUUCUGCACAUCGACCGGUGCCUGUCGUGCCUCGCCUGCAUGACCACCUGCCCGUCGGGCGUGAACUACAUGCAUCUGGUCGAUCACGCCCGCGCGCAUAUCGAAAAGACCUAUGAGCGGCCCUUCAUGGAUCGUCUGAUCCGCACCAUUCUGGCGCAGGUCCUGCCCUAUCCGGGGCGGUUCAAGGCGUCGCUCUACGCGGCUCGGCUCGGUCGCCCGUUCGCGCCUCUGCUCAAAUCGAUCGGUCCGCUCAGGCGCUUCGGUGCCAUGCUCGAUCUGGCGCCGAAGAAGAUCGCCAGACCGUCGCCCUAUGCCCGACCCGGCGCCCAUGCGCCGGCCAGCGAAACGCGCGGCCGCGUGGCGAUCCUGACCGGUUGCGCCCAGCCCGUUCUCGAUCCGGGCAUCAAUGAGGCGACGAUCAAGCUUCUGACGCGCAUCGGCGUGGAAGUCGUGGUCCCCAAGGGCGAGGGCUGCUGCGGCGCGCUGGUCCAUCAUAUGGGCCGCGAGGACAAAGCGCUCGCCGACGCCAGGCGCAACGUCGAUGCCUGGAUGCGUGAGGUCGACAAUGGCGGGCUCGACGCGAUCAUCAUCACCGCCUCGGGCUGCGGCACGACGAUCAAGGAUUACGGCCACAUGCUGCGGCUCGAUCCCGCCUAUGCCGAAAAGGCGGCCCGGGUCAGCGCGCUGGCGAAAGACAUCACCGAGUAUCUGGCGGGCAUCGACCUGCCCGCCCCGUCGGUCGAACCCGGUUUGACGGUGGCAUACCAUUCCGCCUGCUCGAUGCAGCAUGGCCAGAGGAUCACCACGCUGCCCAAGACGCUGCUGACCGCAGCCGGUUUCACGGUCAAGGACCCGCCCGAGGGGCAUUUGUGCUGCGGCUCGGCCGGCACCUACAACAUCAUGCAGCCGGAAAUCGCGGCCCAGCUCAAGGAACGCAAGGUGCGCAACAUCGAAUCCACCCGGCCGGACGUGAUCGCCACCGGCAAUAUCGGCUGCAUCACGCAGAUUGCGUCGGGCACGGGCAUCCCGAUCGUCCACACGGUUGCGCUGUUGAACUGGGUCUAUGGCGGCUCUUGA